AUGGAUAUGUUUCGAUCGGUUCUUGAAACCGUACCAAAGACUCGUUCUCAAAUGGUCAACGAAUUAGAGAUUCCGGAAGAUAUUGAAGUUUCUCCGUAUAUUUGGAGUGAAGCUGAGGAGACCGUGGACAGCGAGAGCUUACCUUCAGUCAGUGUAGAUGAGGAUGACGCUAAGACGGCCAGCUCGGAGUCUAGCCUGGCUCUGUCUAGAGCUAUGACUGAUUCUGAGAUAGAUUAUAGUAGAUACAGAAGGUACAAAAGCAGAAGCUUUAGUGAUCCGUGGGUGCACAUGAGGACUGCUCUGGAGACAUUUUCUCCUGGAUACUUGGACUCGUUGAACAGUUUUCAAGACAUGACAUCAGAAAGCACGGAGGACACUCACCUGGAACGACAGCGUUACAACGAGGAGCUGCAGCUGAAGAUGGAGAGGUUCUUCGAGGAGGAAUGCCGGGUCUUUUCGCCAGACGACCCUGGUCUGAUAGCACUGGAGGAAGCCUUGAGGAACAGUGAUUUGAAGGAUUCAGAAAUAGACAGCAACACAUCUUGAACUGGAUUUCUUUGAUUGUAGUUGUAUAAAUUAGACUGUUUGGUGUCAUUUCUUUGCUUUUUCCGCAAGGAAGAAUAUAGAGGAAGGAAGUAGUCUCAAAAUUAUCGACAAUAGACACCCAUACAGCUAUUAUCAUCAAUAAUAUUAUUAUUGUAUUAAGAUAUUUUGUUAAGACAUUUAAAAUUAU